UUUAUGUAUUACUGAAUCUUGUAAUUUAUUUUUUACAUCAAUAAAUCAGUAAUUCCGAUGGGGAUAUUACCUUUUUUUAUCUAUGCUAACGAACUUUGAAUUAUUCCAUCUUAUAUAAAAAAUUAUUAUCAAACAUGCAAUCCAUUGAUUCACUGAGAGAAUUAAAUUCCAAGCUCUUAGCUGAGAUUGCAGAGCUUAGGAAAAAGAGUGCUGAGAUUCCUGAACUUAAAGAGAAGUUACUAAAGUUUGCCAAGAUUGAGGCUGGAAUGCGAAAUCAGCCUAUAAAUAGAGCAACUAGUGAUAACACAAACAUCAAGUCAAUAGAGGAAAGGGAGACGGACAUUUUCUUAGUUGAGGUGUAUAAGAAAAGUGUUAGCAAUGAGAUUUGGCAGAAGAAUAGGGAAAAGAAAUUAUUGCAUGAAUCAGCUAUCCAGGACUCAUCUUCUGUAACGAAAAAAUCUCAAUCACAUAAGAAGAGGGAAGCAGAGAAUAUUGUACAGAAUGUGUUUGAUUUCACCACUUCGGCACCUGAGAAAAAUCAUGAGACUGAAAUUUCCAUGACGGGCCAUCAUGAAAAAUCUGAUACAGAUGAUCCCCAAAGAGCAAGAAGCUUAUUUGAGAAAAUAGGAAUUGAUAAGAUCAAGUAUAUCACAACGUAUAGUGCAAAUUCUAUAUCAGAAUUAUCUGAUAGUCAAAUUCAAACUAUUAUUGAUUAUUUCUCCGAAAAUCCCAACACUGAGUUAUCAAAUGGGGUCUCAAAGGGACCUGAUCAGGAUAGCCCUAUUAUCGAUUCUGAAGAGGAGAUUUUGAAUCAUCAGGAUAAUAUAUUAGAGGAGCAAGCAAAGCCCUUAGUUUCAGCAAUACAGGCUAAGAAGAACCACUGGACUCCACAACUUUCUGUAUCACUUCUAGAAGAAUUAUUGGGUGAAUCAAUUACUGAAUUAUGCGAAAUCGUAUAUCUUUUUUCGAAUCACAUAAGUGGCUUAGCCGAGCAUAUAUCAUGCGCAGACGCCGGCUUGUUUACAAAACCGGGUUGGUUUGUCUUUUAUAAAGCUAUAUAUUAAAUAACACAAGAAAAGAAUAUACAAGAUAAUAAUUGAUAUGAAUAUAAAGUGAUGGAAAUGCUGUAAUGAGCGUGACUCAUGUAUCAUAAUUAAUAUAGGUUAAAUAAACAACAAAAGGGACUGUUAACUUUUAAAAAAAA